UAUGAUUAUUUUUCUUGGAGGACAAAACAAUUGAAGAAAUAUUUCUUGGAAAAGAUCCCCAAUCCCAGUUGUUUGCAGACGGCUCCGUUGAACAAUCCAAGGAUGGCAACAGCGGCAGCUCAGCGUCUCCCAUCAAUUACUAUCACUCAACGGCGCCCCUUGCCGUCGUUCAGGUCUCAGCAGCUCCACCGAGACGGUGCGUUGUCUUGGAAGAAGAAGGUGACGUGGGCGAAGAAACUGAGUCUCUCAUCCACAAGCCGUACUACUCACUUUGCCGCCUUACCCUUCGACCUCUCACCACCUCCCAUCGAUCACGACCUCCUCGAGACUGCGACAAUUGCAGGUGCAAAGGUUUCUGAUGAUGGCGUUAUUGAAACAUUUAACAAUGAUGAUGAAGCUUUAGAUGCCGUUGAUAAUGGGGUUGUGGUUGUGGACCUUUCACAUUUUGGCCGGAUAAGAGUCAGUGGAGAAGACCGUAUCCAGUUUCUUCACAACCAAAGCACAGCAAAUUUUGAAUGUCUUCGUGAAGGACAGGGAUGUGACACUGUUUUUGUUACACCAACAGCUCGGACAAUUGAUAUUGCGUUCGCGUGGAUCAUGAAAAAUGCAGUUAUAUUGUUGGUUUCACCAGUGACCUGUCGAAGCAUAACUGAAAUGCUGAACAAGUACAUAUUUCUUGCUGACAAGGUUGAGAUUCAAGACAUCACCAAGCAAACUUGCAUAUUUGUUUUGGUGGGACCCAGAAGCAAUCAAGUAAUGGAGGACUUGAACCUCGGUGAUCUUGUUGGACAACCAUAUGGCACACAUCGACAUUUCAGUGUCAGUGGGAUGCCUAUUACUGUAGGUGUGGGAAACAUCAUAUCUGAAGAAGGUUUUUCUCUAAUGAUGUCACCAGCUGCUGCUGGAUCAGUCUGGAAAAGUAUUCUUUCUCUGGGCGCUCUCCCAAUGGGUUCUAAUGCAUGGGAAAAAUUAAGGGUUCUUCAAGGGAGGCCAGCUCCUCAAAAAGAACUUACCAAUGAAUUUAAUGUCCUGGAGGCUGGUCUCUGGAAUUCCAUCUCUGUUGACAAGGGUUGUUACAAGGGACAGGAGACUAUAUCUAGACUCAUAACAUAUGAUGGAGUCAAGCAAAGACUCUGGGGAAUUCGUCUAUCAGCACCAACAGAACCUGGCAGCCCCAUUACAAUUGAUGGGAAAAAGGUGGGAAAGGUGACAAGUUAUGCAUCUGGAAGAACGGAAUCGGAGCAUUUUGGAUUAGGGUACAUUAAGAGGCAAGCUGCUUCAGAGGGAGGCACCGUAACUGUUGGAGACAACAUCACAGGGACAGUGGUGGAAGUUCCUUUUCUUGCACGCCAAUGCCCACCAUCACGGAGUUGACGUUCUUGAGGUCCGGUGGCGGUAAUCAUAAGGAUUAAGCUGAACCUCAAAUAUUUAGUCUGUUAUCUUUUCUCAUAUUUUUCACCACUUUUCCAUUAUAAUAUUAACCCUCCACAACCGUUUUUCCUUUUUCUUUGUUCUUUUAAUAAGUACAUUGGUUCAAAAGUCCAAAGAGAUACUUUGCUCUUCAGACUUAACAGGAUUUAAUUUACAUACUAAUAUUAUGAGCUUGAGCCUCA